CCCGGCUCCCGGCGGCGCCUCCGCUCACCUUGCGGGCGGGGGCGAGGCGCGCUGCGAGGCGGGGAAGCCGGCCGGCCGGCUGUCUGUCGAGCGAGUCGCAGCCGCCGCAGCCCCGUGCGCUGCCCGCCGCGCUCCGCUGCCCGCCACUCCCCCGACCUCCGCCCGGCCGCGCCCCGGGACGCUUUGAUUGGCUCUUGGUUGACAGUUUAGCGCCGCGGAAGGCAGUUCCAACACCGCCCCGGGUAGCCCCGGUGGACGUUGACAGGGUAAAGGCUCGUCUGCGGUACCUCGCUGCUGGGCUCGCUCGCUCUGUGAGGUUAUCUGCAAUGCUGGAACGAAGUAACUCAAGAUGAGCAAGCUAAAAGUGGUAGGAGAGAAAAGCCUUCCCAAUAGUUCUCGGGUUGUCGGGCUCUUGGCUCAGCUGGAGAAGAUCAAUACGGACCCUACAGAGUCAGAUAAUGUCAGAUAUGUCACAUCCAAGAUUCUGCAUCUGGCCCAAAGUCAAGAAAAAACAAGGAGGGAAAUGACAACCAAAGGUUCUACGGGCAUGGAAGUUCUGUUGUCAACAUUGGAGAACACGAAAGAUCUUCAAACUAUACUUAAUAUCUUAAGCAUUCUUGUCGAGCUGGUAUCUUCUGGUGGUGGCCGAAGAGCAAGUUUCUUAGUUGCCAAAGGUGGUUCACAGAUACUGUUACAACUGCUAAUGAAUGCCAGCAAAGACUCCCCUCCCCACGAGGAGUUGAUGGUACAGACUCAUUGCGUCCUUGCAAAGAUCGGACCCAAAGAUAAAAAGUUUGGAGUGAAGGCUCGAGUGAAUGGGGCACUGAAUGUCACCCUGAAUUUGGUCAAGCAGCACUUUCAGAACUAUCGCUUGGCUUUCCCUUGUCUUCAGCUCCUGCGCGUGUAUUCUACCAACUCUGUGAACGCAGUAUCUUUAGGUAAAAAUGGAGUUGUGGAGCUGAUGUUUAAAAUCAUUGGACCUUUCAGUAAGAAGAACUCGGGUCUUAUGAAGGUUGCUUUAGACACUCUUGCUGCAUUGCUAAAAUCAAAAACAAAUGCCAGGAGAGCCGUAGACAGAGGAUAUGUUCAAGUGCUUUUAACAAUUUAUGUAGAUUGGCACCGCCAUGAUAACCGGCAUAGAAACAUGCUUAUUCGGAAGGGAAUUUUACAGAGCUUGAAAAGUGUCACAAACAUCAAAUUGGGAAGGAAAGCAUUUAUUGAUGCAAAUGGGAUGAAAAUUCUGUACAACACUUCACAAGAAUGCUUGGCCGUCAGGACCCUUGAUCCUCUUGUCAACACUUCUAGUCUGAUAAUGAGGAAGUGUUUCCCCAAAAACCGCUUGCCACUACCAACCAUUAAAAGCUCUUUCCACUUCGAGUUGCCGGUCAUCCCUGUGACUGGACCUGUGGCUCAGCUCUACAGCUUACCCCCUGAAGUGGAUGACGUAGUAGAUGAAAGUGAUGACAAUGAUGAUGCUGAUUUAGAAGCUGAAAAUGAAGUCGAAAAUGAAGAUGACCUAGAUCAAAGUUUUAAGAAUGAUGAUAUUGAAACAGAUAUUAACAAGUUAAAGCCCCAGCAAGUACCAGGACGCACAGUAGAAGAACUGAAGAUGUAUGAGCACCUCUUUCCUGAGCUCGUUGAUGAUUUCCAGGACUAUGAAUUAAUCUCUAAAGAACCCAAACCUCUUGUAUUUGAGGGGAAAGUCCGAGGCCCUAUUGUUGUUCCCACGGCUGGAGAGGAAGCGUCUGGAAACUCAGGUAGUGUAAAGAAAGGAGCUGUACUGAAGGAGAAGAUGUCUCCCAAGGGCGAGGAAGCCAAGGAAGAUGGCAAGGGCAGUCGUGGUCAGAAUAGAACUGCUUCCUCAGCUCACAGCUUCAGCAGUGACAUUGUGAAGGCCUUGGACCGGAUCACCUUGCAGAACAGUCCUUCACAAGUAGGCACGAGGAAGGACUGUGGUCUCCCUCUCACGGUCCUCUCGUGCACGAAAGCAUGUCCACAGGUGGCUACAUGCGGAAGUACUCUUUUUGAAGGGCGGACGGUCCAGCUUGGGAAGCUUUGUUGUACUGGAGUUGAUACUGAAGAUGAUGAAGAUAGCGAGUCCAGCUCGUCAGUCGAGCAGGCCUCCUCUGUGGAAGUCCCUGAUGGACCAACGCUUCAUGACCCAGACCUCUACAUUGAGAUCGUGAAAAGCACGAAGUCUGUUCCAGAGUACUCAGAGGUGGCUUAUCCUGACUAUUUCGGUCACAUUCCACCUCCAUUCAAAGAGCCCAUUUUAGAAAGGCCUUAUGGUGUACAAAGGACAAAAAUUGCCCAAGACAUUGAGAGGCUGAUCCACCAGUGUGACAUCAUUGACCGGGUGGUGUAUGACCUGGACAACCCCAACUAUGCCACUCCAGAAGAAGGAGAUAUUUUGAAGUUUAACUCAAAAUUUGAAUCUGGGAAUUUGCGCAAAGUAAUUCAAAUUAGAAAAAACGAGUAUGACCUCAUUCUGAACUCGGAUAUAAACAGUAAUCAUUAUCACCAGUGGUUCUACUUUGAAGUCAGCGGGAUGCGGCCUGCCGUUGCAUACAGGUUCAACAUCAUCAACUGUGAGAAGUCCAACAGCCAGUUUAAUUACGGUAUGCAGCCACUUAUGUAUUCAGUUCAGGAAGCUCUAAACGCCAGACCAUGGUGGAUUCGGAUGGGGACUGACAUUUGUUACUACAAAAAUCACUUCUCAAGAAGUUCAGUUGCUGCAGGUGGACAGAAGGGAAAGUCUUACUAUACAAUUACAUUCACUGUGAACUUCCCACAUAAAGAUGAUGUCUGCUAUUUUGCCUAUCACUAUCCAUAUACAUAUUCAACUCUGCAGAUGCAUCUUCAAAAAUUGGAAUCAGCACACAAUCCUCAGCAAAUUUAUUUUCGAAAAGAUGUGCUGUGUGAAACCUUGUCUGGAAACAGCUGUCCCCUGGUGACCAUUACAGCAAUGCCAGAGUCCAAUUAUUAUGAGCAUAUCUGUCAAUUCAGAAAUCGUCCUUAUAUUUUCUUGUCUGCUCGGGUCCAUCCUGGAGAAACUAACGCAAGCUGGGUCAUGAAAGGAACACUGGAAUACCUCAUGGGUAAUAGCCCUACCGCCCAGAGUUUACGGGAGUCCUACAUUUUUAAAAUCGUCCCUAUGCUAAAUCCAGACGGUGUCAUCAAUGGAAAUCACCGCUGCUCCUUAAGUGGUGAGGAUUUGAACAGACAGUGGCAAAGUCCAAACCCAGACUUGCAUCCUACGAUUUACCAUGCGAAGGGGUUACUACAGUACCUGGCUGCAGUGAAGCGCUUACCACUGGUGUAUUGUGACUACCAUGGCCAUUCUCGAAAAAAGAAUGUGUUUAUGUAUGGCUGCAGCAUCAAAGAGACAGUGUGGCAUACCCAUGACAACUCAGCUCCCUGUGAUGUUGUGGAAGACAUGGGAUACAGGACUCUGCCUAAGAUACUGAGCCACAUUGCUCCAGCAUUUUGCAUGAGCAGCUGUAGCUUUGUUGUGGAGAAAUCCAAAGAGUCCACAGCUCGGGUUGUGGUAUGGCGGGAAAUAGGCGUUCAGAGGAGCUACACCAUGGAGAGCACUCUGUGUGGCUGCGACCAGGGGAGAUACAAGGGUUUGCAGAUUGGGACUCGAGAAUUGGAAGAAAUGGGAGCAAAAUUUUGUGUUGGUUUAAUGCGUUUGAAAAGACUGACUUCUUCAUUGGAAUAUAAUCUGCCCUCCCAAAUACUUGACUUUGAAAAUGACUUAAUGGAAUCCACCUGUAAAGUGACGAGCCCUACCACUUAUGUUUUGGAUGAAGAUGAACCUCGAUUCCUUGAAGAAGUUGAUUACAGUGCAGAAAGCAAUGACGAGUUAGAGGUUGAAUUAGCGGAAAACACAGGUGAUUAUGAGCCUUCUGCCCAAGAAGAAGCCCUUUCCGACUCCAAGGUAUCAAGAGCUCACAUGUCUUGAACUUUCUGCCAUCUUUGUUAAUUGCCAAGAAGAAAUGAAAUGUCUUGGUUUUCAUUACACAGGAAAUUUGAGAGGGACAAGCUUUUAGACAGCUGACUCAAAGAAGACAAAAAGGAACUUGGGCCUGUGUGGUUUCAAGAGAAUAAAUAUAUUAUUAAUUAAUGAUAUAAUUGGCAUUUGUUUUAUUUUAGAUAUUCAGUGUACUUUAUAUAGCAUUGAAUUAUCAAAUGAUAGAUUUACUUUAAAAAAGAACCCAAAUAUCAUUGCAUGAAUUUUUAUCUCCUGUGGCACCUGCAUCAAGUAGAUAAAUUUGAAGUGUGUCCAAGUACAAAGUCUAAAUGAUAGUGUUGAAAGCUAAUAUCCCUGUAUGUGGGUUUCUCCAGAGAUGCUUGUGUGGAGGUGGGUAGCUCCUGAAGAUAAGACUGCUCUUCAGAAUCAUGUGAACUGUGGACCGUGGCCUUGAAACCGUCCGUUAAAUAAAAACCAUAUCAAAUACCGUG